AUGUCUUCUUCGUCUGCUUCUCCUGCUUCGUCUCCGGACGAGGCUCACUCCACCCUGGAAAGCGGCACCGUUACCAACGGCGUCAAGUCCGUCGAUUCUGUAAACACAAAUGGAAAUGAUAUUGAUCUCCCCACGCGAAUCCAAGCGGCGUCUAGGGCAAUACAUCACACGUUACACCACGCUGUAGUCGGCCGUCUACCCCUCGCACUCCCACCCCAGACCACCUCCCCGCAUCUGUACACCCUGGGAAUCUCACGAUUCUCCCGUAUCUAUUUCACCUUUGAAACUGCAUGGCGCGACUACCUCUCCACAUCCCCUACCGACCACGACCCCAACAGUGAUCAAAUAAGAUACCAUGCGCUACUCUCUGAAGCUUACAUCCCAGCCAUAACCCGCAGCGAGCGCCUCGCCUCGGACAUAUCAAGCCUCGAACGGGAAUGGGCCGAUAAUACCCCGUCUGCUGUGCAACCAGCAGAUCAUGAUGCCGCUUUACGCGAUGCAGUGGCGCAUAUCACAGAAACUGCUCAAAGGAAACCGUAUGCGCUGCUAGCGUAUUCGUGGAUUAUGUACAUGGCCCUGUUUAACGGUGGGCGCUGGAUUCGCGACCAACUCGUCAACGCUGGCCCUCAAUUCUGGCUCCGCGAGGAAAGUGAAAAAGCGGAUUCAUUGAUCUCGCCUUCUUUCCUAUCCUUCUGGUCCUUUGACGGCGACGAAGACGGGGAAGAUAUCAAACGCGCUUUUCGAGCUGGGUUCGUCGAAGCGUCUCGCAAACAUCUCACCGAGGCUGAGUGCGAGGAUGUAAUCCAGGAAGCAAAAGCGUUGUUUCAGCAUUGCAUAAACAUCGUUUCUGAGGUUGAUGUUAUUGUCGCUCUGGAGCGGAAGAAGGUGGAUGAUGAGUUGCGCAGGCAUCAUAACCAAGAGAUGAGGAUGGCUGAGAGACAGACUUUAUUCGUCAUUAUUACUUUGGGCGUUGCGUUGGCUUUAGCGGUUAGUUAUUACUCACGAUUUAUGACUUACUUUGGUAUUGGGUAUUAG